AAACGAACGUCAGUGCUCCGCGCGAUUCCAAUGGUGUUGCUUACUCUGUGUUUAUUAAAGAUUAACGCUUGAAUUUUAGUAAGAGAGUAAUAAAAUUGACACGAUGGGUGACGUAGACUUGAUUAACAGAGACCCUAAUAACAUUAACGACCAUAUAAAGGUCUGUUUCGAAGAUGUGCUCGCAGAACCAGAAGGUGUUCAUAGUAUGGAUUGCGUGUGGAAGCUCUCGCACAAAUGCUUUACCCUUUGGUUGAGUUUGUGUUACAAGCUCAGCACUCUCUGCUGCGGUAUUUGUAUAGCCGCCAGCUGGGGUUGUGAGUUUGCAGGUGUAGCCUUUAAUCAUGUAUGGGCCGUCACUCCGUGUUUGCGCAUGCUCGAGCUUAAUUGCAGUAUAUUGAAGAGAAUACACGAAACCAUUUGUGGAUGUUGCAUCGAACCAUGUUGUGAAGCCUGUGGACAAGUAUUCAAUGCUUUUAAGAAGCAGUAAGUUAAAGAGUAUUAGAACUUCCUUAAAACCUCCUUCACCAUUCUUAUUUUCUUUGGACAGAAAAUAUCACCUCUUCUCUUUUAAAGGAGGAAUAUCUUUAUUCUACUUAAGCUCAAUGACAUUCGAAGAUCAAGGAUUUGUUAUACUGGAAUAUUAAAAAAAAAACCUGAUAGCAAAACGACAAAGUCAUUAUUAUUUCAGUUGCAUGAUUUAAAUAGUGCUUUCCUUGUUAAUACCUGGAAUAUCUCGGAAUAGCAUUGAAUAUACCGAUAUAAAGAUGACCAUGAACUGUUGAAGUUAGACAUGUGCCAUUGACUUUUUUUUUCAAAUUGUGAACAUUUUUAAUGCGGUGUUUAUUUGUACAUGUGUGUAAUAAAAGUCAACUUUGUGUUUUACAGAAAUCUUUGAUAAGAAAUGGUCUUAUUUGAUGUUUGACACAUUAAGUGGAAUAAAGGACAAUGUGUUGUAUUGAUAUUUUACAAAAUUUAGUGAUAUUUAAUAAAUACAGUAAUAAAUUUUUAAACCUCGUUAAUGUUUUUUUUCUUCUUGUUAAUGAUUAUAAAUGAUAAAGGAAACAUGUUGAUAUCGAAUGUGUGGUAAUCACUUAUGAGCAGUAAAGCGUGUUAUGAUAUUAUGCAAUGGAUAUGUUAACUUACUGACUAUACAUAAGAUAAUAACGAGAUUGGUAAGAUAAGUUCACUGUUGCGUAUCUUAAGUUCUUAAUAAAAUGCAAUAAGAACGGUAAAAAAUGAACAUGUUUGAAAAAAGCGAUUCUGUGAUAUUCACAUUUAGUGAUCUGUCAUAUAUCCGUCCAGAAACGUAUUUACAUAAAUUAUAUCAUUUAUUUUAUAUAUCUUUCUUUUGAGAUAAUGUUUUUUAAAUUAUCUUUUACACAUUGUUUUUGAUAAAUAUCUUACAAAUUAAAGCUAGAUUAUAGUUGUAUUCAGCACAGCAUUUUUGAAAUUGUCUGCAGAAGUUAUGUUUAAUGUUAUAUUGAUUUUCAAAGUAAUGAACCGAGACACUGUGUCAUAAUAUAUUUUCAAUAUCAGCUAUCAAAUUUUUAACUCACAUUUGGAAAACAUAAUAUAAAGCUCACUGUUUUUACAAAUACAUCAGAAUUUUUAUAACUCACUUUAAGCUCGACACAAAUUGUGCCUUUUCUAUUGCUGCAUUUUCAAACAUCUCAUGAUAAACAGAAUCGAAAGAAAUUUGACUAACUAUGCACUGUGUUUUUUUCGUUUUUUGUUCAUAUAGGAUAUUAUCUGAUUUUUUUGUCUGCUCUUCUCAUGCAAAACAAAGUUUGUCACUAAAAUAAAUAUCUGAUAUUAAAAGAACAAUUGUAUUUUUGAUACGAAUUAGAAAGAUAUAUUCUUGCAUUUUAGUAUAUAAAAAUAAAAUGGAGAAACAAGCGCUGUAACGGGCUGUUAGUGACUAUUUUGGUUAUCUGUUUGAUUGAGAGUGUGUCUCUACGCAUGGUAAUUCUUUUCUUGGUAUAAAGUUUUUAAAUGUUUCUUAAUUGUAUGAGAUGGUAUUCGUAGUAGUCUGAAAAGAACAUUAGAUUCAAUAUCACUUUGAGGAUAACAAAUGACGCUUUGUUAAUAGAAAUCACUUUGUUUUCAAAAUUGAUAUUUGUAAUAUAAGUAUUAUAUUUAAAAGUAUACAAAAUAUGAUGUUUAUCUAGAAAACAUUAUUACUUUUUUGUUUUCUUUCAUUUUAUAUUCACGUUUUAUGUUCAUGUUUUUAUAUAUCUAUCGUUUGAGAAAAAAUAAAAUUCUUGAAAAAAAAAUCA